AAAGCUUUGAAUGCACCGCUAGUUCCCCCAUUCCUAUUCCUACAUCUUUCGAUACAAACCAAGCUACUCCUCCAUCUCCACUAAUCGAAAACCAGAUUCCCAAGCUACAUAUUGCUUCUUUUUCACAAAUCUCUGUUGUUGUACUCAUCAUUUUUUGCCUUCCUCCUCUUAAGGGUCUCACCAAGUCAAAAUAUCAAAGAUCAUAACAGAUGACUUUCUUGGCGACCCAAUGUGUCGUCGCCUCAAUCCCAGCAUACCCAGUUUGUAAUCAUCAGCCCAAACCUCCUCGGUGCCUCUCCCAGAGAAUCCAAUCGAAAUCGGACAGAAUCCCAGUUGUUAAAACCCAACAGUCGAGCUUUCCAACUACUCAGGAAUCGAGAAGAGAGUCUGAGUGUGAGUGCUUCAAUCUGUACGAGGAGCUAGUUCCUUACAGGCAAGCUUGGUCUUGGCAGAAGAGCAUUGUCAAGGAGAAAAAGGCUCUGAUUGAGAGGAACGAGGACUGCCCGGACUCGCUGUUUGUUCUUCAGCAUCCUCCUGUUUAUACAAUGGGCACUGGUAGCUCAGAAAAGUUCCUCAAUUUUGACCUCAAGGAUGCUCCAUUUGAUGUUCACCGGACCGAACGCGGCGGCGAGGUUACAUAUCAUGGUCCUGGUCAGUUAGUAAUGUACCCCAUUAUAAAUCUCCGGAAUCACAAAAUGGAUCUUCAUUGGUACCUCAGGUCACUUGAGGAGGUGAUCAUUCGCGCUCUUUCAAAGACAUUUUCGAUCAAGGCAUCUCGGCUUGAGGGUUUAACUGGUGUUUGGCAUGGAAACCAGAAACUGGCAGCCAUUGGUAUACGAGUGUCUCAGUGGAUAGCUUAUCACGGUUUGGCACUGAACGUAACCACAGAUUUAACUCCUUUUCGUUGGAUAGUACCGUGUGGUUUACAAAACUAUCAGGUCGGAAGCAUUAGAGGGUUGUUAGGGGAGUUUGAGUCAUUUGACGAUAGUAGUAGAAAACAGCUACCAGAUCCUGAUGAUGGCCAGCUACUUAAUAUUGCUUGUAAAUCUUUGAUCAAUGAGUUUUCAGAAGUUUUUCAGGUUGGAAUCAAUUAUGCAACCAUCUCGAGGUUAGAGUUUUUAGAAAGUGAACCUGUAAAGCCUCUAAAAGAGGAAGUAAUUUAGUUGUGGGAUUCAGGUCAACAUUUCUAAUUGCUGGUGUGAAACAGAUCUUAACACUCUUGAACAUUUUCA